CUCGCUCUCGACCAUCCCUCUUUUCUCCCGCAAUUCUACUUGUUUAAUCUGAAUAGUCUUGCCGGGUUGAGUCCGAGCCCAGACAGUCAACUCUCUGUCUUGUAAUCCUGAGCCAGUGUGCAGCCUUUACACGAAAGCUGAGCUGUAUCCACCGUGACAUCCGUGUGGCCCAACAUGCCAUCUCUCCCACUGCUCCUACCACCUCAAGCAAUUCCCACCCAAAAAUCAUCGUCAAAAGUGCAAGAAUGGGAACCUUCAAAAUAUCUGCAAGCGCCCCAACCUCCUCCAGCGGACGACGCGAAGAUACAAGACCUGGAAAUGGCAGCCGCAAGACAGAUGAUGGAUGGAAAGGCAAUGAAGAAGACCAGACCACGGCGGACAGUCGACUAUGGAGGGCCUAUGGGGAGAUGGGCAUUGUUGCGCAAACUCCAACCAAAUCCACGAUAUGUGCCAUAUUUGAGACCAAGUCCUCCGUACAUCAUUGAUCUGCUGCCUCCGAAAGCAUACCCAGAUAACCCGUCUACCUCGCUGUGCACCAAGUUUGUCCAUACAUCAACAAACAAAGUCCGGUGUCCGGUCAAUGUUGUAGUGUGGACCCCCGAAGCCCGACGCGUCCUCACCGGCUCCACCUCCGGUGAAUUCACCCUCUGGAACGGCCUCACCUUCAACUUCGAGACCAUCCUUCAAGCGCACGACUCCGCCAUCCGCGCCAUGAAGUUCACACACUCCGGGACCUACCUCGCCUCCGCCGACCAGUCCGGCAUCAUCAAGUAUUUCCAGCCGAAUAUGAACAAUUUGACGGCGUGGCAGGGGCAUAGGGAGGCUAUCAGGGGCUUGAGCUUCAGUCCGGAUGAUGAUCGGUUCGCGACGGCGAGUGAUGAUUCGACGGUUUGUAUCUGGAGCUUUGAGGAGAGUAGGAAGGAGAGGACGUUGACUGGUCAUGGCUGGGAUGUUAAAUGUGUAGAGUGGCAUCCGACUAAAGGUUUGCUCGUAUCGGGCAGUAAGGACAACCUCAUCAAAUUCUGGGAUCCACGGACAGGGACAGCAUUAACCACACUCCAUCAGCAUAAGAACACGAUACAGGCUCUUGCCUGGUCACCAAAUGGCAAUAUGGUAGCCAGCGCCUCACGAGACCAGACCGUGCGGGUAUUCGACAUCCGUGCGAUGAAGGAGUUUUGCAUCCUAAGAGGGCACAAGAAGGAAGUUUGCUCCGUUGCAUGGCAUCCCGUCCACCCUCUCCUCGUCUCUGGCGGCUCCGAAGGCUCCCUCCUCCACUGGGACCUCUCCAUCCCCAGCCCCGCCCCUCUCCUAUCAACCUCCCCCUCCCUCCCCUCCGCCCACACACCCCACUCCAACUCUCCCGCCUCCCACCCAACCCCCUCCGCCCUCCUCCCCAGCACGAUCACCACCCCCCGUGCGACCCUCUCCCAAGCACACGACUCCAACGUCUGGUCCCUCGCCUUCCACCCGCUCGGCCACCUCCUCGUCUCCGCCUCGAACGACCACACGACCCGUUUCUGGUCGCGAGAGAGGCCGGGAGACUCGAGUAGCGUGUUUAGCGGCGGAGGCGAGAAGCCGCCGAAUGUGGUGGAUCUGAGUGGGCAGGAUGCGGGUUGGGAUGGAGAUGGGAUGCUGGAUGGGUUCGAUGGGUUCGAUACGGAGGAGGCGUUCGUGCCGGGGAUUGGAGGUGGUGCGGGUGGAGAAAGCUUGCCUGGGAUUGGAGGAGGCGGAGGUGGAGGCGGAGGUGGAGGAGGAGGCUGGUGGGGGAAGGAGGAGGAAGGGAGUGGGGUCGAUCGUGUGGCUGGACGGAUGGAUGGGUAUGGCAAUGGCGGCGGCAGUGGAAACAUGCAUUCGAAUGGCGGCCCGCCUCCUUCGGGCUAUGCUGCAGGCUCAAGAUUCGGACCAGGACCAAUUGGAGGCGGACCUGGUGCUGGAUUCGGUUAUGCUUCUGCAGCGGGUGGCGGUGGCGACUCAGUGAGGAAGAGACAGAGUGGACCUUUACCUCCACAGGAGGCGAUCUUCAGUGGAGGUGGAGAUGGUAGCUUUGGACAUGGAGGGUAUGAUGAAAGGGACGGAAGAGAAGGGAGAGAAGGGAGAGAAGGGAGGGAGGGAUGGGGAGGUGCUGGUGGUAGUGGUGCUGGUGCUGGUGGUUCGAGGAGAGGUGGAGCAAGGGGUAAGUCGAGGUGGGGUGGAAAGAAGGGAAGAUUUUGA